CCCAAGAAAUCAGAGAGACGACAAAGUGAAACGACCUCGCACAACGCGCGUUUUAAAAAAAGAGAGAAAAACACACGCAAUCAAUAGCGUUGCAACGCUCCUUACAAGGCGAAAAAUAAGAAAAACAAAAAAAAAAAACAACUUCCAACAUGGAUGUUUGGGGAUUCUGCGUUAGCGAUACUACGAUGGCAUAUGGCGGUUCGAUGCGCAACGGAUAUUACCGGGACUACGAGCAGUUUCCCUACGGAACCCUCGAAUCCACCACAUCCCCUCAUGCGGUCAAGGAUUGCUACAGUCGAGUGCAAGAGAAAUGCAAGCAGAUAAAAACCGAGAAGCAGUUGAGGAAGGAUUGUCCUUUCUGCAAGGAACACAAGAAGCGGCCGCUCAUCAACUACAUGCGCAAGAGGGAGCAGCGCAAGCACCAUGACAGCAUCUGCGAGGACGAGGAGGAGAUGCACGACCAUGAGCUGGAGCACGCCCACAAUCACAGCCACGAGGUGGUGUCCUCCGUCCUUGCCGCCCCCCAGAGCUGCAAGGUGUGAGAGGGAGCGGGACGACGCUACUGCAGACGAUUCCCACAGACAUUCGCGAAAUGCCAUAUAUAUUAAUAUACAACCAGAAGAAAGGAAAGAAAAACAAAACUUGAAAAGAGGAAAAAACCUGAAGUUACAACAAAAACAAAGAAAAAUCAGAGGAGAAAAGAGAAAAAAGCUGUUAAAGACGAAGAUUGCCCCUUUUUUUGAAUGGUUGCCCCAGCAUUUCCGCAUCGCGAAUACACUACCAUUUACAAGAGAAAGAACAACUUGAUACCAAUUUACAACUCCCUUUACCAAUUAUCUACUACAACUUCGUUUUUACGCCAACUUCGCAGUUAUGUACAACUAUAUAAACAAUAAUUUGUUUACCGACAAACAAACAGCGCACGAUGAUAGAAAUCAAAUAACGAAAACCUGCCCCGCUUGACCAACGCAUUUUUUUGACCUUAGGCAAUCGAGAACACCAUGAAAAAUAGACAAAAACAAAAAAAAAACAAGGGAAGCAAAAUUAGCAGAAAAACUGAAUUUUCUAUUUUGCGUACGAGAGACUGAGUAAACUGCAGUAGAAAAUUGUUAAAGCUAAAAUUGUGUUUUUUUCGUUCUUUUUUUCGACCUAAUUGGAUCAGUUACAGGUAUACCAUAUUAACAAAACAUAAUAUAAACUAUAACCACAGAAAAUGCUUCAUUGGCGAAAAUUAAGGUUUAUAAUUAUUAUUUUUUUCGAUAUAUGUGUAGCUACGUAUAUACUUUGGACCCCGAUUUUUAUUGUAUCCUUGUCUAUAUUAGACAUUCCCCAUAUAUUUAUUGUAAUACCAACUGAUUAUUGCACAGUCCGAGCAAGUGUCAAAAGUAAUCGUAAUAUUGAUAUAAAUGUAAAAGUUGAACAUGUUUUAAAAGUUUAUGCCAAGUUAAAUUUUGUUAACGCAACUUAUAAUUACAGAAAACCCGAAAAUAUUAUUAGGUUAUUUGGUGUUCAAGCUUAACUGUCCAAAAAGAAAGACGGAAAUAAUAUAAAAACGAUUUAACAUUUGCAUUAGUUAUUUAAGAAAUUGAUCAAAAAUGUAUUGAUUUGUGAAGAAAUUUGCUUGCAGGUAUCGAGAAAAUUUUCAAUUUAUACAAUGUUAUAUAUCAUAUAUAUUAUAUAUUAAUGUUUAAUUUAAAUUAUAUAAAAAUCAAUAAAACUACAAAUUAUAAAAAAUAUAA